CGGGGGUGGGCCAAAACCUUAUCCUUUAUAAAAAAAAACACAGAAUCAUCUCGUCAAGCCUCUUCCGCAAGUCCGUUACCUGAAGGAAUUUUGUAUCGUAGCGAUGCUCGGGCAAGGCUGAUUCAUGCAAACUCUGUUAUGGAAAGCCGAUCGGUUGCGGAUCUUCCGACAGUUGCAUCCCCAAAUGAGAUGCUCCGACGAAAGAGCCGGGGGUGGGCCAAAACCUUAUCCGUUUAUAAAAAAAACCGACAGAAACAUCUGGUCAAGCCAAGAAGCGUCAAGCCUCUUCCGCACGUCCCUUCUGGGUGUCACCCGCAUGACAAAUCGCGUGGCAAAGCGUGGCGCAUGUGGAUGUGUCAUCAAAAGACCGAUGACAUUUCCAAUACGUGACUUGCUCCCCCCCAUUAACGAAUGGCCACGUAUUUUAAAGGAAAUGUUCGAUGUGUGGAGGAGGAAUGGAAGGAAAAAGGGAUUUGUUAUUUUCGGAAGUUUGCAUUUAUACUUGGGAAAAGGGUUUGGUUUUAGUAAAAAAAAAUUGGGAAUUUCAAAGGAUAUAAAGGACUUGCAGCAGCAGCAGUUUUCCUCGUUCUUCCUAUUUUUUUAAUUUGUCUUUUCAUCCACCACCACCAUCAACCACCACCACAACAACACUUUUUUUUUUUGCAUAACAUACAAUGAACAACGGAAACGCCGACUUUGUCUUGUUUGACCCAGAUACUUCCACCGGUGAUCCGGAUCUCGAGCUGGAGAAUCCGAGUGCAGGAGACUACCUCCCGACCCAAAAGAUAUUGCAAGAAGGAAACGUUGCGGGCAUCCCGCUCACUGCAACGGAUCCCCAGUGGUCGUCGCUCGAUCCUCUUUACUUGCAGGACUGGAUCAUGUCGUUCCCUUCUCACAUACCUGAUGCAUAUGCUCCCGCAGCCACGGCGGAUAAUUUCUCGCAGUGGGAUACAUUUCUCGAUCCUCAAAGCUUUGGUGUGGACAACGUGCAACACUGGGAUAUCGGUGCGCCUACUCCAACGGACCCGCUUCAGGAGCUCUUGACUGCCACGUCGCCUCCCGCUCUUACUUCUGACACCAGCCCGACAAUGGAGAGUGCAUUUGGCUCGCCUCACUUGCCAAUGGACCCUGAUCCCGCGGACGUUGACGCUCUCUUUGCCUCGCUCUACCAGCAGCAAGAAGAGAGUGCCAUGCAACAGCUAGAGCAACAGCAAGGAACACUGCAAGGGACACUGAAGCAAGAGCCCGAUCAGACACCGCUCAUACAGCCCCUUGAGGAUCUCCAGAAUCAAUUCACCUCUUGGGACAGUCCCAUCCUAAAACUCGAACCUUCCACACCCGUACUGGAGCGGACACCAUCCAUCCUCAUCGGGCACGCAACUGAUAAAGGAAUAAACGUGCAACCACUCUCACCAGCACCAUCGACGCCCGUCCAUUCAACACCAGAACGCCAUUUCACUGCAACUCAAAGGAGGCCUUCUUACAGCGACACGUCAUCCAGCAGUCUUCCCUCACCAGCACCCACGAGCAUUGAUACCUUUUCCCCACGCAUACCCUCCUAUGACAACGAAUCUGAUUCCAUCAUCGACCCGGAUCACAUUGACCUCAACGCAAUGUACUCAAACAGCAUCACGAUACCAAAGCUACAACAGCUCUUCUCCUCAGCCCUCCCCAAACAUGAACGCACAAACAACAUCAUUAAACUUCCCGAAGGAAGAGACAAACGCUUCCAUUGUCCAUGGCGGCAAUGUCCAUCAUCCCAUGCCCGCCGAUAUAACCUCAAAACACAUUAUGGCGAAGUCCACGAGGGACUCAAACCGUUCCAUUGUCGAUGGUGUCACGAGACAUUUGCACGUAAAUACGAUUGCAAUCGACAUCGAAUUAAUGCGCAUCCUGAUGAGGAAAUGAAGCUGCCGUGGUAUUUGCAAGCGAGGUUGAAAUCGGGCGGGGAGGUGCAAUCGGCAGCGGGACCCAGACGGUCCUCAACGCGGCGAGGAUCAUCCUCUAAAAGAAGGCGCUAAGCUCUGAUUGAUGCCGUCUUCCUUCAUCUUUUCAUGUAGUCUUCCUAUAGAUCUUGUUUCAUCAUUUCUGUUUUAUCUGGCACGGAUAUUUUUCAAACCCAGAUGAUUUUAGGAUUUGGUUGUCGCAACCUGGGUGCAUGUAGUGUUGUGGAGUUGUCUGUAUAAAUUAUGUAUGUAUCAUAUCUUUAGUUUCUUUCCGUCUUUUGAAUAUACCCUGUGGCUUUUGGAA